AUGCUGGCUGAUGCAGCAUCAGGUAGCAGCAGCGUCCUGUCGGAUCAUAGUGCGAGGUACUAUGUGCCGCCACUGCGGUUUGAGCAGGUAGCACCGCAAGUCUACAGAGGCUCUCAUCCCAAGCUCAAGAACUUGCCGUUCCUCGCGACUCUCCGCAUACGCACCGUCCUCAGCUUUACGCCCGACGAUCCCGUCCUACUCAGCGAGUCCAAAGUAGAUCGCCGCGUCAAGUCAUGGCUUGGAGAGCAAGAGGCACGAUCAGAGGGCGAGCAUGUUGCGCCGGUUGCCCACAGACGGUGGUACAAGACGGACAGGAUGAAGACAGAGAUUGUCACUGUCAACAGAAGCCACGUGCGAGAAGCUUGUGAGUUGAUGCUAGACAAGCGUAACCAUCCAGUCUAUCUGCACUGUCUGGACGGCGUCGAUGUGACGUCCAUCGUCAUUGCCUGCCUACGCAAGGUCAUGAUGUGGAACCUCGAUUCGGUGUACAGUGAGAUGACGCGCUUCCUGCGCUUGCCACCCACGACGCAAUCCAGACAAUUCGUCUCUGACUUCCUCGCGUCACCACCUGCAUCGCUAGGCAAGUCGGCUACCAACGUACCGCAGCUCCAUCUCGUAUUGCGAGGACCAAGCGAGUCAGCUACACCUCUGACGAUCAAAGCAGAUCCAGUGUCGCGAUCUGGCUCUACUGUCGCCGUACAAGACGUAGACAGCAAAUCUGCUCUCAGUACAAAGACCAAGACGAGCAAAGAUGGCGGUCCCUUGAUGGUACCCGAACGCGCGUAUAGACCCGCCUGGCUCUGGGGAGGCUAUGCGACCCCAGCACAGUAUCUGACAGCAGCCGCUACUGUCUCUGACAAGACAAAAGAGACCGAUCAGCGAGACGCUACGCCCACUCCGCCUCUGAAGCGACCGAGCGGAUCGACCACAACCCAUUCGGGUACAUCCAGCGAUCAGUCUGCGCCCCAGCCGACACCGCUCACACAUUUCAUUGGUGAAGCGAGCGAAGUCAGGACACCUAUAGCAGCUCACUAUCCUGAUCUUGCGAACCCUGACGUGGUGCGGUCAAGGGGCCGUCAAAUCAGCUCGGAGGCCGACUCGCUCCCUCAAGAAGCGAGCACGCCUCGCGCAAAUAGUCGCAUACCACCAUAUGAGGAGGAUCGCAUCUUUGCAUCAGCUGGCGCUUCCACACAGGCCUCAGUGUCUACGAAGGAUGACCGUGACCAAAAACGAUCUGCUGCGAUAGCAAACCUAUCUACAAACGCUGUACUCAGUCGACAGCUGCUUUACGAGCCGAAUGGUGACGACGACGCUCAGGAAGAUGACGAACGGACGAUGCCUAUCUCUCAAAUGAUCGAUGCACUCGACCUGGGUAUCUGA